AUGUCUUCCUCUUCAUCAAGCCACGAGGACGAGCGACGUGCUCAUGAAUUUUCCAAUCUUGUGCAAGAAUUUAAUCAAAUUGUUCAAGCUAUUGGUGAUCCGGAUGCGCAUCCUCGUCGGCGGCGACGAAAAGUGGCAAAGAAGGCCUACAUUCAUCGGGAUCGUGAAGCCGGCGCUCUACGUUUGCACACGAAUUACUUUGCUGAAAAUCCGGUCUACCUCGACAACGUCUUCCGCCGCCGAUUUCGCAUGCGUCGUGCGUUGUUUUUGUGUAUCGUUAAUGUCGUCGCAUCCGAUCCAUACUUCCAACAACGCACGGAUGCACUUGGGAGACCCGGCUUCACGCCGUUGCAAAAAUGCACGGUUGUUAUUCGUAUGCUAGCUAAUGGUGGGGCAGCGGACCAGUACGACGAAUAUCUCCGGAUUGCAGAGUCCACCUCGUUGGAGUGCUUACGCAGAUUCUGUCGAGCCAUUAUUCAUCUCUUCAGCGCAGAAUACUUGAGGAGGCCGACUUCCGCCGAUUGCCAACAGCUUCUAGCAAUGCACGAGGCGAAGCACGGCUUCCCGGGAAUGCUAGGGAGCCUCGAUUGCAUGCAUUGGCCGUGGAAGAAUUGUCAAACGGCAUGGCAAGACGCAUACACUCGCGGCGAUUAG